AUGGAAGACCAAGCGCAAUCGGAACUCAUCGGGCAAAACCCGAUUGGUAACGGCCCUGAGGCAUUCCGGAAUUCAUAUGCAUUGGUGUGCAAUGACAGGUGCCUUCCCUUCACGCCGGAGUCAUUUGAUCAAAUCCACGACCAAGAUCUCAACACACUCAUUUACUCUUUUCUGUGGGCGGCACAAAAGCUACCCACUGCCGACCUGCUGCCUUCCACCACAGGCCGCGGCACCCUCCAGAUCGACCUUUUCCGUCUCGAGCUCUCCCUGAUAGAAGCCGACGGCUUCGAUUUUGAUGGCCUCAAACCUCUUCUCAAAGACGCCCUCGCCGAGGAGUUGGACGAUGCGCUCGUCUGGCGCCGGAUAUAUGAUGCCCACGAGCUUGGCCCGAUUCAUGUCGACAUACCUCGAUUUCGCCAAUCAUUCUUUGGAGGUGUGACAGGGCUCGAAGCAGCUUCCAAGGCCGUUUUUUCCAAGUGUAUGGAAGGUAGCAACCCCCUCUUCACUGAAGGGUGGGUCGGGUGGCCGAGUGAUGCAGAUCCGGGUAAUGUUUUAAGCUGGUUUGCAGCCUUGAGCGAAAGGCUGGCGAGAUUAGGCGCGGCAGCAAACCGCAAUUCGUCAGCGAUGUAUCGUCGGCCGUUGGCCCGGCCAAACAAGCAGAUCCAGGGGUCUACUGCGGAACGUAAACUAGAUGUUGGCUUUGUGGAUAACCCUAAGGCGGGAGGGGACUCCAAGUGCCAUUGGUCACGGAUUCUUAUACCUGGAGAAAUCAAGAGCAACCCUUCCAGGAGGUAUGUCAAAGAGGUGCUCGCUGCCCAGGACGGCCGUCGAUUCAUCGUAGGAUUUACCCUUCGCGGGUCGCUGAUGCGGAUAUGGGAAUUUGACCGCCUUGGGGGUAUCGCAUCGGAAAGUUUUGACAUCAACAAAGAUGGUUUACAGUUUGUCUCAACGGUACUGGGAUUACUCUGGAUGGACGAUGAACAACUUGGCUUUGACCCAACGAUCCCCACCAUAUCGGACGGCCAACGAGCUCUUACCAUCCAACGUAAUGGCCAGGCGGAACGGCUUAUUCUUGAUAAACUGAUGAAACGGGUGCGUUGUAUCGCCGGCCGAGGAACGACUUGUUGGAUGGGACAUCGCGAAGGAGAACCAAAGACCCGGUUCGUGAUCAAGGAUGCCUGGCAGGAUGUGGAGCGCGACGAAGAGGGCAAGCUCUUGAAGGAAGCGGCGGAUAAAGGUGUCGUUAACGUCGUACGGUACUACCACCGCGAGACUGUGUUUGCCCGCGGCGAAAUUGACGAUAUCCAACACAACGUCCGACGGGGUCUGGACGUUCUGGAGCCGACUAAGGAUCCCUUAGCAAGCUCGGAGGUGUUGUUAGAAGUUAGUGUACCCGGUGCGUCACGGGAAGGCCCUACCAACACCAUUGGCCUUAAGCGAUUAUUUACCCAAACAAACACCACCGCUCUGCCGCCCAACAAGCGAUCCUGUUUAGCCUCUCCCACGAAAGCUAACAGCAGUAUGCGAUCAAAUCGGACACACACACGAAUUAUUCUCCGCGAUUGCGGAAAGCCCAUUUACAAGGCAAGCUCCCCAUCGGCGCUACUUGCCGCCCUCCAAGGCUGCAUUGGUGGGCAUGAAUCUCUACACAAGGCAGGUAUCCUCCACCGGGAUAUCUCGAUCAAUAAUCUUCUGAUCAACGAACAUGUCGACGAAAACCCUUCUUGGGAUGCGUUCCUGAUUGAUCUUGACCUGGCUGUCCGGGAGGACCCAGACGGUACACCCGAGACAAAACGAAAGGCCGGAACGAGAGCUUUUAUGGCGAUUGGAGCCCUUCGUGGCGAACAGCACUCGUUUAUGCAUGACCUUGAGUCCUUCUUCUGGAUUUUGUUCUGGAUAUGUAUCCACUACAACGGCCCAGGCAACGCAAAGGUCGUUGCCGAAUUUGACAGGUGGAAUUACAUGGAUACGGGGGAGCUAACGAUGUUGAAGGAGGGCAUUUUAUCUGAUGGAGUAUUCGAAGAGACUGCGGAGCGGUUUGUCACAGAGUAUGACUGGCCGUUGUUUCCUUGCGUGAAUGAGUUGCGAAGGACGGUAUUUCCGGGCGGUGGAAGGUGGAAAAGAAAGGAUGAAGGAUUGUAUAUGCGCAUGCGGAAUGUUCUUGAGAAAGCACGUACAGCGUUGGCGGAGAGCUAA